UGGCUUGCUUCAAUUGUGACCAUUCUUGUGCAAAACCAAAUGGAACAAAGCCGUUUAACGGUUCGGGUUUCGGGAGGAACGGCCGAGUUAUGCCCACACACGCUACAACCCUAAUUUCAUCUCCGGAGCCGGGAGAAAUAUUAAAAAUGGCAAACCCGACCGGCACUUGCCUUUCCUAAACAUAAUUCCCUUUUGUACUUUCCCACUCACCUUAAUGCUCUCUCGCAAUAGAACCAAACAUGGAGGACCUCUUAUCCAUUCGUCACUUCUCUUCAAACUCGUCACACAUUUUUCUCCAUUUUCUUCCAAACCCAAUUCAAAUUUCGCAACCCAGAAUCAAAUCGCUACAAUCCCAAAAAAAUUCACCACAAGAAGAUCAAUUCCACUCCCUGCAACAGUCCCACAAGCUCCAGACGCAGUAAGUUCUUCAAUUGUCAGCUCAGUAUGUUCUUUGCUCUCUAAAGAUACCAAUGAAAGCACAAGUAUUGAUAUUUUGUUGAAAAAAUUAAAAAAGAAGUUGAGUUCAGAACUUGUGCUGCAAAUUUUGAUGAAUUAUAAGCAAUUGGGUAGGAGCAAGGCAUUGGAUUUCUUCUCUUGGGCUGGAUUUCAGAUGGGUUUUCGGUUCGAUGACUGUGUGGUUGAGUACAUGGCUGAUUUCUUAGGUAGGAGGAAGCUUUUUGAUGAUAUGAAGUGUCUUCUGUUGACUGUGUCCUCCCACAAGGGUCGAGUUUCAUGUCGAGCUGUGUCCAUUUGCAUUAGGUUUCUGGGUAGGCAGGGGAGGAUUAGAGAAGCCCUUUGUACGUUUGAAGAAAUGGAAUCAAAAUUUGGUUGUAAACCUGAUAAUCUUGUGUACAAUAAUGUGCUCUACGUGCUUUGUAAGAAGGAAUCGUCUGGCCAUUUAAUUGACUUUGCGCUUGCAGUUUUUCGGAGAAUUGAAUCACCUGAUACUUAUUCGUACGGUAAUAUUCUUGUUGGUUUAUGUAAGUUUGGUAGAUUUGAGACUGCCAUUGAAGUUUUUGGUGAUAUGUGUAAGUCUGGUGUGGUUCCUACUCGGUCUGCAGUGAAUGCUCUUAUUGGAGAGUUGUGUUCAUUCAGUGCGAAAGAAGGAGCUGUUGGGAAAGUAAGAGUGAGAAAUUCUUGUAGAAACUUUACGAUUUUAGUUCCAAAAGUGGGUGGAAACAGUGAUGCUAUACAGCCUGCAGUUGGAAUUUUUUGGGCAGUGUAUAAAGUGGGAUUAUUACCCAGUACAUUUGCCAUAAUCCAGCUUCUUUCGGGGCUUUGUCAACUGGGAAAAGUGGAAGAGGCUGUUGAGAUUUUGAAGGCUGUUGAGGGUAAGAAGCUGAGCUGUGUUGGAGAGGGCUACUGUAUUGUGAUGAAGGCUUUGUGUUCACACGGUCACGUUGAGAUAACUAGCCAUAUGUUUGGGAGGAUGCUAUCCCAAGGCAUGAAACCAAAGUUGGCUGUUUAUAAUUCAAUUAUAUGCAUGCUGUGUAAACUAGGGAAUUUGGAUGAUGCUGGAAGUGUCUUUAAGAUGAUGAACAAGAAUAGAUGUCUUCCGGAUAGUAUGACAUAUUCUGCGUUAAUCCAUGCUUAUGGUGGAGCUAAAAAUUGGGAAGCUUCUUAUGGCUUAUUGAUAGAAAUGCUUGGGUUGGGCUACUCUCCACAUUUUCAUACUUAUAGAUUAGUGGACAAAAUUUUGAGGGAAAACGGGCAGAUGGAUACGUGUCUUAAGUUGGAAAGGAAGUUGGAAACACAGAUGUUGCAGAAGCUCUGUAAAGAUGGCCAGUUAGAGGCUGCACAUGAGAAGCUAAAAUCAAUGAUUGGAAAGGGGUUUCACCCACCAGCAUACGUGAGACAUUCUUUUGAGAAUGCGUUCCGGAGGUAUGGAAAAUUGAAAAUAGCUCAGGAAUUGCUGCGGACGACAAGUGAAACUGACAGAACUUAGCUGUUAAUGACCUAUUAAGAAGUAUUUUCCUCCAUCACCUGUAGAGUUCUGAGUUCUAACCAAUUUCCCUUUACAUUCUGGCCAUAUAUUUUUUGCUAAUUAUCCGAUGAUAAUUUAAUUAUUUAUCUAUUUCUUUUAUAGUUCCUUACAUCUGUCUCUGUAUACUUUGAUUAAUUUCCUGAAAUGUUGAGUUUCAUUCGAAGGUAUACCAUAUACAGAAUUAUGUUAUCCUAUUUUAUAUAAUCAGGGGAAAGAUUAGAUUCUUGGCUUUAGAUUCUUGGCUUGUUUGCUGACUAGAGGCUAAUUUUUGUCACCAUCCAUUAAAAACCCGUAGAUAUUUCAAGGUCAUACUUAGUAGUUUUUGUUAGAGCUCGAUCUCACGAAUGCAUAGGCGAAAACCAUUCGGGAAUCGGAAUUGUAAUGAAGGAGAAAUAAGCGAGCAGAAUCAGGUGCAAUUUAGUCAUUUAGACAUUCUAUAAAUAGAAGACCCCAAAUUCUUGUAGCAGCCUUCCAUUUGUAGAACUGGACCCGUGCGACCCGGAUUUCCUCCCUCAACCCAAUGCAACAACCCGUUUUCUGGGCAAAAAUUCUGACGGCUUUUCCAGCUGACUCCGGUGACUUCAGACGUUGCCACCACAUGGAAAAGAUUCCCCUCCUCCCAAGUUCAUUUUCCACCCAAGAUUCUCUCCGUUCGUCAUUUGGACCUUUAUUUAUGGAGAAUUUCAAUGGACAACCUCCCUGCAAAUGCACUCUUAGAGGUCUUAGUGGAGAAUCGUGGACAGUAGGUUUGGAAGAGAGGAGAUGAAAAGUUCUUCCUCAAGGAUUCGAAUCAUUUUGUGAAGAUCAUCUCUUGGAAAUAUGAACUUUCUUGGUUUUUGAGUAUAAUGGCGACUGAAAGUUUGAUGUCACCAUCUGUCAUCCAACUAGCUGUGAAAAAGAGCUAAGAAGCAGUAGCUGGCAAGAGGAGAACUGGAAAUGAAGCUACUAUUCCUAACCGAAAGAAACGUAAGUUAUACAAGUUUUGUAUAAUGAUAUAUAUUUUCUCUACAGCCUACAGGCAUGCUUUUUUCAUU